UUGUACUAUAGAAUUAAUAUUUUAGGUACACUAGAAGUUAUAUCAUAAUGGGUGGGAAACCUUCCUUUCCUGUUCAACCACUUCCGGAUGAUCGUAUUUUCGUAGUAACUGGGGGAAAUGCCGGCAUCGGGUAUGAAAUGGCUAAAUGGUGCGCCAUGAUGGGCGGUAAAGUCGUUAUAGCGUGCCGGUCGGAGGUUCGAGCACGAAAGGCCAUUGAGAAAAUGCAAGAAGAAUUCCAGUCUGAGAAGGGAAAGGGGACAAAGGGUUUAACAGAAAACCCAAAGUUAGCCGUUGAAUUCAUGGAACUAGAUUUAGCGUCGUUUACGUCAGUUUUAAAAUUUUGUGACGAGUUCAGGAAAAGUGGGCGUAAAUUGCACGUGCUAUGUUGUAACGCUGGUAUAUGUUACAGCCAUGGCAGAAAAACUGAAGAUGGCUUCGAGAUGAUGCUGCAAGUCAAUUAUCUAGGUCAUUUUGUCAUCAUUGCCAAAUUACUGUCGACAAUGCGAGCGUCUGGGCAGGAUUGUCGAGUUAUUUUCACGUCGAGUAUUGCUCAUGAUAGCGGCAUCUUUGAUCUGAAUACAUUGCAAUAUGACGAAAAGUUCGAGAAGCAUCCUGAGCUCGAGUAUUACUCCCGAUCAAAAUUGUACCAAGUUAUGCAGACGUAUGAAAUGGCACGUCGAUUUAAAGAUUCAAACAUCACAUUCAAUAGCCUACAUCCGGGUCUUGUUGACACAGAAAUAUUCAACGAAGCUGAAAGUUGUUUUGAUAGAUGUUGUAUAGGAUGUGUACGAAAAAUAGGCGCAAUGAGAACCAGCUUAGAGGGCGCCACCACCGGAAUUGAACUUGCGACCAAUCCUAAACAGAAAGGGGUGUCAGGAUACUACUGGGUGGACUGUAAGCAAACAAUGUCAUCGAGUACGUCACGUGACGCAGAAAGACAGAAGGAAUUAUGGGACAAAACGUUAGAGUUAAUCCAACAGUACCUGACAGAUGCUGAAAAAACUGGAUUGGAGGGCAAAUGAUGUGACCUAAAGUUCAAACAAUGAAGAUUAGAAAGUGUUGUUAUAAACCGUUUCAUUAUGGCACUUUAACAGAGUACAAACAGUUUGUUAUAUUUUAUGAAAAAAAACUAUAUGGCUCUGAACACCGUUUAUUGUGAUUUUUUUUCUGAUAAAUAAAUAAAUGAAUAAAUAAAUGAAUGAAUGAAUGAAUGAAUGAAUGAAUGAAUGGAUGAAUAUAUGAAUGAAUGAAUAAAUGAAUGAGUAAAUAAAUAGACAAAAAUAAAUAAAUAAAUGCAUGAAUGAAUAAAUGAGUAAAUAAACAAAUACAAAUAAAUAAAAAAAUAAUCACACUUUAUUCAAAAUUUUAAGUAUGAGCGAAAUAUAUAACUUUGACACAUUUUGUUUGUUCUUGAUAAGACAACAAAAUCGAUAGGAGAUAAGAAUGUUUUUAAACAUAACUGUAAAGAUUCACUGUCGUUUAUUUUUGACGUGACAAAUUUAUGAAAAUCAAUGUGGUGUUAUUAUAUAAAGGCAUGUAGAUAUGUCAUAUUGUAGUUUUUGUAUCUAUAUAAAACGAUGAUUAUUUGCACAGCAAAUAAAAUACAAUGACAGCA